AUGGUCGUCGGCGGUGGUGCAUCCGGCUUGACGCUCGCGACGCGCCUCUCUGAGGAGCCCGACUUCUCGGUGCUCGUCCUCGAGGCCGGGAACGACCACAUCAAUGACACCAAGGCGCAGUGUCCUGGCAUAUUCGCGUCCAUGUACGGAGAUCACGAGUACGACUGGGAUUACCGAAAUGUGCCGCAGCCAUACAUGAACGACCGGGUCCAUGCAAACAUUGCCGGUAAAGGCCUCGGCGGCGGCAGUGCUGUCAACUUCAUGUGGUGGACUCACCCCUCGCGUGAGGACAUCGACAACUGGGGCGCCUUGGGCAACGCGAACUGGAGCUGGGACGAGGUGCAGCCGUACCUCAAGAAGUCUGAGGCGUACGUGCCUCCCGCUUCGGCGGAGGCCAUUGAGGAAAUGCAGACGCAGUAUGUGGACCCAGAUGUGCAUGGCACGGAUGGGCCCAUAGUCAACUCAUUUCCCACGGCUUAUGGUCCAUUCACGGAAGCUUGGGCCCAGACGAUAGAGCAGUUGGGGCUGUAUCCUCCUGGGGAUCCGAGGGGAGGUGAGGCUCUGGGUGGGUAUACGAACCUCUUCAACAUCAACCCAGAGACGAAAGAGAGGAGCUACCCGACGACAGAGUACCACCUCCGUGCUGGCGAGAGACCUAACCUUAAAGUCGUUACUGGGGCUUUUGUCACAAAGAUUCUGUUCGACGAAGGCGAGGCAGACGGAACGACGAACAGCCCUAGAGCCGUGGGAGUAGCGUAUGUCAAGGACAACUCGACUCACACGGCGCAGGCGAGCGCAGAGGUGAUACUCUCGGCAGGGUCGAUGCAGUCAUCCAAGCUGCUGGAACUCUCAGGGGUCGGCGAUUGCGAUUUUCUGAGCACUUUCGGGAUCGAGUGUCUAGUCAACAACACGAACGUGGGCGAGAACUUCCAAAACCACCUCAUGCUUCCCCUCGGGUGGGCCGUGAUCCCCGGAGUCACGACGACGGAUGAUUUCUCAUCCACAGAUUCAUUCAAUGCGGCCCUGGCGGAAUACACCUCGUCCCGGAGCGGGCCAUUCUCCACCGUGAACGGCAGCUCGGCCCUCCUCUCCCUCGAGCAGGUCGGCGGAUCAUACGACGAUAUAAACCCGUCCCCGGCGGACCCCCAAUACGAGGCGCAGCACCAGCUCCUCCUGCACGGCCUCAACUCCUCGCAGAACUCUGCGUUUCAGGAGAUCUGGAUAUCCGGAGGAAUCUCGCCCUGGUACUACAACGACAGCUCCAAGGUCUUCGCCGGCCCCGGCGACGGCGGGAACUACUUCAGCCUCUUGGGUCUUGUGUCGCACCCCUUCUCCCGGGGUUCGGUCCAUAUCCAGUCCGCUGACCCGGCCGAGCAGGCCCGCCUGGACCCUCGGUACCUCUCGCACCCAGUGGACAGGCAGCUGGAGCGCCAGCUGGCAUUCCACCUCCGGGACGUGGUGCAGAACCCGCCGCUCAGCGGGCUGCUGGAGGGGAACGGGACGGUGUUCCAGUCCGGGUACCUGGAUGGGGGCGUGCUGGGUGAGGACAACGUGGAUAAUUUCGUGGCUGACAAGAUACUGGUUGCCUACCACCACUCUGGGAACAAUGCCAUGCUGCCAAGGGAUGCCGGUGGUGUGGUUGACCAUAGGCUGAAAGUGUAUGGGGUUGAUGGCUUGAGGGUGGUCGACGCGAGCGUGUUCCCGAUGAUACCACAGGGGACGAUCACGAGUAUCGUGCUUGCUGUGGCGGAGAGGGCGGCUGACUUUGUGAAGGAGGAGCACUCUCGUGGAUGA